AGCCCGUGUUCUGGUACUACGUGAAGGAGGUCCUCAACAAGCACGAGCUGCAGCGCUUCUACUCCCUGCGCCACAUCGCCUCAGACGUGGGCCGGGGCCGCACCUGGCUGCGCUGUGCCCUCAACGAACACUCCCUGGAGCGCUACCUGCACAUGCUCCUGGCCGACCGCUGCAGGCUCAGUACUUUUUAUGAAGACUGGUCUUUUGUGAUGGAUGAAGAAAGGUCCAGUAUGCUUCCUACCACGGCAGCAGGUCCGAACUCCAUACUCUUUGCGAUUAACAUUGACAACAAGGAUUUGAACAGGCAGAGUAAGUUUGCUCCCACCGUUUCAGACCUCUUAAAGGAGUCAACGCAGAAUGUGACCUUGCUGAAGGAGUCCACGCAAGGAGUGAGCAGCCUGUUCAGGGAGAUCACAGCCUCCUCUGCCAUCUCCAUCCUCAUCAAACCUGAACAGGAGACCGACCCCUUGCCCGUCGUGUCCAGGAAUGUCAGUGCUGAUGCCAAAUGCAAAAAGGAGCGGAAGAAGAAAAAGAAAGUGACCAACAUUAUCUCAUUUGAUGAUGAGGAAGAUGAGCAGAACUCUGGGGACAUGUUUAAAAAGACAUCUGGGGCAGGGGAGAGCUCAGAGGACAACUCCGACCGCUCCUCUGUCAAUAUCAUGUCCGCCUUUGAAAGCCCCUUCGGGCCAAACUCCAAUGGAAGUCAGAGCAGCAACUCGUGGAAAAUUGAUUCCCUGUCUUUGAACAGGGAGUUUGGGUACCAGAAGCUUGAUGUGAAAAGCAUCGAUGAUGAAGAUGUGGAUGAAAACGAAGAUGACGUGUAUGGAAACUCAUCAGGACGGAAGCACAGGGGCCACUCGGAGUCACCCGAGAAGUAA